UUAUUAAAUUUAAGACUGGUCCUGGCUAUAUCAAUAGAAACAGAUAUAAUAUUUUUAUUUGUAUAAGGCAAUGGAGAGAGGUGUUUUACAGUACAUGCAUAGAAAUAUUAUGUCACAUGUGUUUUCUGUGAUAAUCAGAUGGUUUGAUAUAAGUAAAUGCCUUUCUAGGUACUCAUAUUAUGAUUUAGUAGAGGCAGAGCAGUACAUCCAAGGGAAUCCCUUUGCAGGCAAACCUUCAAUCACUUUAUACUACUUUACUAAGACACUAUUAUUAUUAAACAUAAGCAAGGCGUACUCGGUGCAUACGUUUAUGUAUGGUAUAACAGGAGUGUGUGAUUUUACUGCAGGAUAUUUACUGGACUGUCCCGUAUACUUUUUAGUCACUUCUUUACUGCCGAAUGAGAUAUAUUCUAUUAUUUGUCUGCUUAUAGUGGUAUGCUAUAAAAAAAAGGCACUGGCAAAGUAUGUGGGCCCAGUUCUUGCUUUACUAUGUGCUGAAGGUUCUUAUGACAGGUGUGCACCGGGGAUUAAUGCGUACUGGUACAUAAAUAUGCAGAUGUUUAAAGAGUAUCAAGGACUAUUCCAGGAUAUGUUUAGGGCCUCGCAUUAUUUCCUUCUAUCUCUUACACUGUUUAGUCGAUUAAUAAGUACUAAGCUGUACCUUAUAAUGGUGUUUAAGGAUCUAGGCUACCGGGGAUAUGCUGUUCUAUGGUGUAUACUCAGCCUAGAGAAGUUUUCUAAUGAUAGGGUAUUCAAUUUAUGCCUGGGAUUGUGUAGUAUUGGUGUAUUUAUAGAGUAUCUUGUGUGGUAUAUGCUUAUAUACUGUGGUGUAGGGAACAUGAACUUUUUAUGCUGGAGUAAUGUGAUAACAAUUAUUUCAACGGGAAUAGCUACAGUCCUGCAUGAAAGCAAUGUACAAAAAGAAAAGAGAAGAAAAAGAUAAUUUACUAGGAAUGAUUUGAUUAGUCUAACAAGGGAACACCCAUAAUAGACCAGAAUGCAACUGAAGCUCUAUUUAAAUCGUCGCCUAGUGCGUCUUCCUUUAAUAUAGUCACAGAAAAAGGAAGGGCCGGUGCGGAUGGGGCAUUGCCCUGUGCUAGAAAGAAUACAGGAAUAUAACUCAUGCGUGUGGUAAGUGCGGCUGGCCAGUCAUUAAAUUGCCAUGCAGAGCCGUCCAAGAACACAGCCGAAAUUCUAUCGAAUGACUCUGCAUCCUCUGGGUCAUUUAUCAGCUUGAAUUUAUAAUUGCCAUAUGUUACAAUGUCUUCAUUAUUUUUAAUGUGCUCUGUGAAUAAAGUGGAUCUUAUUAAAGAGUCAUCUCGUGGGAGUAAAAUAUACUGCAUGCCAGAAGGCUGCACAGCCUUUAACUCCUCAUAUGACUCAAGUAAGUGUGUUAUUAAGACAGGAUGCCUCCUGGGCCUUCUCAUAACAGAUACUUUUGUAAGAGGGAGAGGUGCCAGAAGAUCAGAAAGAAUCCUUUCUCUGUCCAAGUAUGAGACAGGUUCAAUAUUAGAAGACCUGCAUGAUGCAAUGUACUCACCGUGAUCAAGAGUCCUUGUUACGUGAAGAUAGCAUAUAGAAGCAAGGGAAUAUGGCAGGUCCCGUGAGUUUGUGUAAGUGCUUUUUGUGGUGACAGGGAAGGUAUUCUCUCCAAUGGUAAUUUUAUCUGAGUCCAGCUUAAUCACUGCAUUUUUAGAUAUUUGUUUUCUAAGUAUGAGUGUGGGAUCCUCUGCCAUAUUUUAAAAAAACAAAAAGAAAAUAAAAAUCUAAAAAG